AUGUCGCCGCCGACUUCAUCAGCCCUCCUCCACCGCUCACUCGACAAGACAUAUCCCACCGCCGUCGGCACAGAAGGGAUAUAUCUCUUGACCGCAGACGGACGCAAGAUCCUUGAUGGGAGCAGCGGCGCCGCCGUCUCCUGCCUUGGCCAUGGCAACCGGGAAGUCAUCGACGCCAUCUGCGAACAGGCACAAAAGCUGGCCUUCGCCCACACCUCAUUCUUUACUUCUGACCCGGCCGAAGAGCUAGGACGUCUCAUCAUUGAGAAAAGUAAUUAUCACUUCAAUAAGGUCUUGUUUUUGACGUCAGGCUCCGAGGCAGUCGAGUCCGCGCUGAAGUUGGCUCUUCAAUACCACGUCUACAACAACCAGCCCCAACGGGUAAACAUCAUCGGUCGUAAACAUUCUUAUCACGGAAACACCCUCGGCGCCCUUGCAGCUGGGUAUAACCCAGCAAGGCGGGCCACCUUUGAGCCCGUCCUAGGGAUAACAUUCCACCACGUCAACCGAUGUUUCUACCAAGCCGAUGGGAAAGGCAUCUCAGAACGAGCCUAUGAGGAUGGUCUGAUUUUAGAAUUUGAACAAAGGUUUCUGGAGCUCGGUCCCGAGACAGUCGCUGCAGUCAUCGUCGAACCGGUGGUGGGCGCAACCAUCGGCUCUGUGCCCGCGACGUCGACCUAUCUGCCAAGGCUUGUCGAGCUAUGCAACCGGUACGGGGUCCUCACCAUCUUCGAUGAGGUCAUGUGCGGCAUGGGGCGCGUGGGGAGCUACCACGCAUGGCAAAGCCUGGGCAAUGUUGCCCCUGACCUGCAGACAAUUGGCAAGGGAUUAGGUGCUGGCUACCAGCCUCUGUCCGCUGUGCUACUGGGCAAGCGAGUGUCAGAUGUCUUCGAGAUACACUCCAGAGGGCCAAGGGCGUUCUUAAGCGGGCACACCUUUCAGGGCCACUCCAUGGCGUGCGCUGGCGCGCUGGCCGUGCAGCGCAUACUAUUCCGGGAUGACCUCGUAUCUCGUUGCCAGAGGCUUGGUGAAAUCUUGCACGACACACUCGCGACGAACCUACCCCCAGAGUGGAGGACACACGGAGGCACCUUGAGAGGCCUAGGCCUCUUCCGAACUGUUGAUUUCGGGAACAUGUACCAGCAGUACGGUGGCCCUGUGGCAGGCGAGGUGUCUCGCCGGGCUCUCGCAUUGGGUGCUGCGGUGUACUUGUGCUCUCCAGCUGUCGAUGCCGUCCUGCUGUGCCCGCCUUUCGUUGCCACGGAUCUGGAGAUGGAAAAGCUUGCUAAUAUUCUUGUUGCGGCGUUGACCGACGUAAUGAAGUCUCGGGAGGAGCCCAGGCGCGGGAAGAUCUGA